AUGGUGGCGGUGACGGUGUCGUCAGCGGGCAGAGGCUUCUCAAAGACACCCUCGUCGGCGGCGAUUGCCGGCCGGGAGCCACCGGAUGGGAGGAAGGCGGCGGCGGAGACCAGCUGCUACUACCCCGGCUGCCGGAAGGACGCCAACUGCCACUGCGAGAUCUGCCUCGCCAGCAUCAACGCGACCCUCGACCUCAUCCCUCCCGGCUGCAGUAGCAUCCAACAGAGGAGCUCGAUCACCAAGCUCUCCUCCUCCUCCUCCUCCGCCACAUCGCCCCUACCGGUCCAGAGAAGGCAGCGCACGCCCCUGCCAGCGCCGGCCUUCUCACCCUCUCGGACCACGGAGAGGUCCGACACCGGCAGCACUCCGUCGUCGCCUCCUCUGCAUUCGACGGCGAAAUCUCGGCCAUCCGCCAAGGAUCGUCUGAUCCAGACGGAAACAAGAUCUUCUUCGCCGAGAUUGCCUGGUUUCAAUCGGCGAGUCCUGAGGUUCUUCCUCGGCUUAUGCUUCCUCCUCGCAGCCGAUUACGGUUUCCCGGCGGUCGUGCAGUGGAGUCUCGGUGGACCGAGGCUAUCGCCGGAGAUUGUGAAGACGGCGGCGGCGGGAGAGCAGUCGCAGGCUACCGGCGAGCUGAGGGGGAAGCUUGCCUCCCUGGAGACUAGCAUGGGCAAGAUCCUCGGCACAGACAGAGUCUGCAACUGCUCCUCUGCCGACUCUAAUUCUUGGGGAUUCCUCCAGGUAGAGUAGAUCUUCUCCACUCGCUCCCCUUUCUGAUCGACGUUCUUGGAGACAAAACACUCUUCUUCUGCCCGCAGGACGGCCAGCUCCUCCGCGCCCGGUGUGUGAUCUACGAGUCAGCGUUGGAGCAACUUAGCGUGUGGGGCAGCCCUAUUCAGACCUCCGGAGCGAUAUCCACGGGGCUCUCCUCCCGGUGGCUCACAGUUUUAUCCGGCAGGAUGACUGAGGUAAGCAUCAUCGUCCACUUCACUUCAACAUUCACUAUUUCGAUCGAUCUCCGGCGAGUGCAGGUACGAAUGAAUCUCCGACUCCGUCUCCGUCCCCCUCCCUUCACUUCGCUGCGAUGUGCAGUGGUCGCCGGAGGAGCUCGGGUUCGCAGAGCCGGCAUCGGGAGGCGCCUACAGCAGGUGGACCACUAUGACCAUCCGCCUGGAGCAGAACACCUGGGUUCUGGAGUACCGGACCGCGGGACUGGAUAACUCGAGGGUGGCUCCUCUGCUGUGGGAGCUGCUGGUCAGAGCCUGGGUUUCGGGCACACUCUCCGAAUACAACAGCGGCUACAAUGCAGAAGCGAAUGAUCACUCAUGGCUGCUACCUCCUACCUGA